UGACUCUUUGCAUGUUGGGAGUUAUAGUUCUGUGUUGUAAAGGCACAUGGAGACUGGUCGGAGGCAGCAGAAGUAGCAGUCAUGCCUGCGAAAUGUAGCAGCUGUGAAACGCAGCGAGCAGCUCUGCGGAGACCGAAGACUGGCCACUCAUUGUGUAAGAGCUGCUUCUUCCAAGCCUUUGAGGAAGAAAUUCACCACACCAUUGUGUCCGCCCAGCUUUUCCAGCCUGGAGACAAAGUUGGCAUCGGAGCUUCAGGGGGCAAAGACUCCACAGUGCUCGCCCAUGUGUUAAAGUUGUUGAACGAACGUCAUUCUUAUGGCUUGGACCUCAUCCUGGUCUCAGUGGAUGAAGGUAUAUCAGGCUAUAGAGACGACUCCCUAGAGACCGUGAAGAGAAAUCAACAACAGUAUGAGCUUCCCCUUAAGAUUGUGUCCUACCAGGAACUUUAUGGCUGGACCAUGGACCAGAUUGUGAAGCAAGUCGGGCUGAAAAACAACUGCACUUUCUGCGGGGUGUUCAGGAGACAAGCACUGGACCGUGGAGCCAUGAUGCUGGGCGUUAACAAGAUCUGCACAGGCCAUAACGCAGAUGACAUUGCCGAGACCGUGGUGAUGAAUUUCCUGCGGGGAGACAUAGCGCGAUUGAGACGAUGCACGGCUAUCACAACGGGUAGCGAAGGUGCCAUCCCGCGAUGCAAGCCGUUAAAAUACGCUUAUGAGAAGGAGAUUGUCCUGUAUGCUUACUUCAAGAAGCUGGACUACUUUUCAACAGAGUGCAUCUACUCCCCAAAUGCCUAUCGAGGCCAUGCCCGCACCUUUCUAAAGGACCUGGAGGCAUUGCGGCCCAGCACCAUCAUGGACAUCAUCCACUCUGGGGAGAAUUUGUCGGUGCGGGAGGAUGUGAAGAUGCCUGUGCAAGGCACCUGUACACGUUGUGCGUACAUCUCCAGCCAGGCACUGUGCAAGGCGUGUGUCCUUCUCGAGGGACUGAACCGUGGCUUGCCAAAGUUGGGCAUUGGAAAACACCAUAAACUUCACCAUAAACUGCUGGCUAAGGAGCCCCUAAAUGAGCAUGAGAUGAGGAAGCUGAAGGCAGAUGAUUUCUGAUAAGUGAGAACAAGAGAAUUUUAAAAAUAUUUCUUGAAUUCUGAGCAGUGGUGACGGUAACGUGUUUUGGUGAAUCAUAUUGUCGAGGUUGUUUUAAUCAGGAAUGUUUAUCAAUAAAUAUUUUAAUAUUG